UUUUGGGAUUUGUCAGUGAUUAUAUUGUUGUUUGCUAAACUCCUGACUAUUGCCUGUUCUACAUCAUAGGGUUUGACAGCUAUGAUGACUAAGGAGGAGCACCCCUCAGGAGCGGGCGUGUCCUCCCCAGGAGCUGGCUCCAGCCCUGAGGCGGUUCCAUCUCCUGGAUGGGAGACAGCGAUCGAUGAAGAGGUCGAUCUGGAGCGGCAUUUGGAACAAGAAGAGGCGGGGUCAGCAGUCCAGGAAGUGGGAGACAAUGCAAGCAGUCAGCUAAGUGCUGUGGUAGUUCCAUAUCCUGAACUGGCACCCGUUGUUUUCUUCUGCUUGAAACAGACAACGUUCCCAAGGAGCUGGUGCAUCCGCUUGGUGGACAGCCCAUGGUUCGAAAGAGUGAGUAUGAUGGUGAUCUUAUUCAACUGUGUCACCCUGGGAAUGUACCAGCCAUGCGAGAACAUCGACUGCUCCUCGAAUCGCUGUCAGAUCCUGCAGGCGUUCGAUGCUAUUAUUUAUAUCUUCUUUGCCGUGGAGAUGGUGGUCAAGAUGGUGGCUCUCGGCAUCUUCGGCCGCCGAUGUUACCUUGGCGACACGUGGAACAGACUGGACUUCUUCAUCGUCAUGGCUGGGGUUGUGGAAUACUCUUUGGACCUACAAAACAUCAAUUUUACGGCCAUCAGGACCGUCAGAGUCUUGCGACCUCUCAAAGCCAUCAACAGAGUCCCAAGUAUGAGGAUCUUGGUAAACCUACUUCUAGACACCCUACCCAUGCUGGGCAAUGUGCUCCUCCUCUGCUUCUUCGUUUUCUUCAUCUUCGGCAUCAUCGGCGUGCAGCUGUGGGCGGGGCUUCUGCGCAACCGCUGCUAUCCUGAUAAGAAUUUCACGCUAUCAACGGGAAUGGCCCUGCCUGCUCCUUACUACUCCCCCGAUGAGGAAGAUGAGCGGCCCUUCAUUUGCUCGCUGCCCCAGGAUAACGGAAUCAUGUCGUGCAACGAUGUCCCGGCACGGCGUGAGGGAGGCCGGGAGUGUUGUUUAGAUGUAGAGGAUGCUCUUCACCUACAGACUCUGGGCCUGGCAGCUGAUCCCAUUCUUAAUGCAAGCAUGAGUGCUGUACCAGGACUCUGUGUAAACUGGAACCGCUAUUACACCCAGUGCAGGACAGGCUACUCCAACCCUCACAAGGGUGCGAUUAACUUCGACAACAUCGGCUACGCGUGGAUCGUGAUCUUUCAGGUCAUUACCCUGGAGGGCUGGGUGGAGAUCAUGUAUUAUGUUAUGGACGCGCACUCUUUUUACAACUUCAUCUACUUCAUCUUGCUGAUCAUAGUGGGCUCUUUCUUCAUGAUUAAUCUGUGCCUGGUGGUCAUAGCUACUCAGUUCUCGGAGACGAAACAGCGUGAACACCAGCUGAUGCAGGAGCAGCGUGCCCGCUGUCUGUCCUCCAGCACAUUGGGAUCACUGGCAGAGCCAGGAGACUGCUACGAGGAGCUCUUUCAGCUCACCUGUCACAUGCUGCGUAAAGCCCGUCGCCGCUCCGCUGCCUUGUUCAGGGCUCUGAGGCCGCACCUACGCCAGGCCACGCCUACUCAGUCGCAAACUAACAUCAAUGGCGGAGAAAGGAGUCAGAGGCAGCACCAGGGAUCCCACUGUCGCCAUCACACAAGGCCUGACUGUGCUCCUGCUGAAGGUGCUGAUGUUUUUCCACCACCCGUCUCUGAGGACUGUCCUGGCUGCAUUGCCCUGUCUCUCAGAGAUGGUGCAGGGCCUGAAGACAGCGCCAAUCAGGAGGCAGAGGAGGGUGCGCCAGAGGACACAGAUGAGCAGGGUGACCAAUCAGAAGAGCAGAAGGAUGAGAGGGUGUGUAAGAGUAGAUGUAAAGAGCUGUGGAUAGAGAUGAGGAUUAAACUGUGGGGAAUUGUCGAGAGCAAAUACUUCAACCGAGGCAUCAUGAUUGCCAUUCUGAUCAAUACAAUCAGCAUGGGCAUCGAACAUCAUGAGCAGCCCGAGGAGCUGACAAACGUCCUGGAGAUCUGCAACAUCGUCUUCACCAGCAUGUUUGCCCUGGAGAUGAUCCUGAAGCUGACUGCCUUCGGUUGUUUCAACUACCUGCACAAUCCGUACAACAUAUUUGAUGGGAUCAUCGUUAUCAUCAGUGUGUGUGAGAUCGUCGGACAGUCCGAUGGCGGCCUGAGCGUGUUGAGGACGUUCAGGCUGCUCCGUGUGUUAAAGCUGGUGCGCUUCAUGCCCGCUCUGCGCCGCCAGCUUGUCGUCCUGAUGAAAACCAUGGACAACGUGGCCACGUUUUGCAUGCUACUCAUGCUCUUCAUCUUCAUCUUCAGUAUCUUGGGAAUGCACAUAUUUGGCUGUAAGUUCAGCCUGAAGACAGAUGCUGGCGACACAGUUCCUGACAGGAAGAACUUUGACUCUUUGCUGUGGGCCAUAGUGACGGUUUUUCAGAUCCUGACUCAGGAGGACUGGAACGUGGUGUUGUAUAAUGGCAUGGCCUCCACCUCUCCUCUGGCAGCUCUCUAUUUCGUGGCUCUUAUGACGUUUGGAAACUAUGUGCUUUUUAACCUACUUGUUGCUAUUCUGGUAGAGGGAUUUCAGGCAGAGGGUGAUGCUAAUCGCUCAUAUUCAGAUGAUGACGGAUCGUCCUCCAACUAUGAUGGAAGUGAGAGACACAAGGAUUCGCUCCAGCUCUCAGAUCCUAAACUUUGUGCUUUGACUCCCAAUGGGCACCUGGAGAUGAACACCAUAGGAGGAGGAAGGAUCAAUUUGGAAGAGGAAUCUCGUAAGAGCAGUGUCACUAGUCUGGACAAGAGCAGUUUGGAGCAACGAUCUUUCUCACUGCGUCAUGGUCGUAGUUCCCUGUACCGCCAUUGGGGGCGCCCCCACCCUCAGUCGGCAUGGAGCCGCCGCUCUAGCUGGAACAGCAUGGGCCGUGCAACCCGAGGCCUGGCAGUUGGUGGGAGCCUAAGGGUCCGAGGUCCCCACUCCCACCCAGCUGAACGGGAGUCCCUGCUCUCCCCACAGCCCCAACUCUCACAUCACCCACCUCUCCUUUCUCGACGUUACUCUCUCCGCCGUGAUCGGCGUGCCCUCUCACUUGAGCUGCCCGAGCAACUCCAGCUCCCUGGGCCCUCACUGCAGCACCCACUUCUGCCCCGGAAAAAAAGUGAGUGUGGGGAGCAGCACCAUGACUGUAACGGGAAAGCGCCGAUGCGCCAGAGAGCACUGCUCAGUGAGGUCUAUCCCCAGCUCAAUGCCCGAAAGGACAAACCACACCUUGAAGAGGAAACGGACUAUAGCCUAUGUUUUAGGAUCCAGAAGAUGAUUGAGGUAUAUCGCCCUGACUGGUGUGAGACAAGAGAAGACUGGUCUGUCUACUUGUUUUCCCCCGAGAACAAGUUCAGGUUAACUUGCCAGAAGAUCAUUGCUCAUAAACUGUUUGACUAUGUAGUGUUGGCCUUUAUCUUCCUCAACUGCAUCACAGUGGCCCUUGAAAGACCUAAGAUUCAUCAGGGCAGUCUGGAGCGAGUCUUUCUCACCAUCUCCAACUAUAUCUUCACUGCUAUCUUCGUAGCUGAGAUGACGGUCAAGGUGGUUUCCAUGGGUUUGUAUUUGGGUGAUCGUGCCUACCUGCGCAGCAGUUGGAACAUUCUGGAUGGUUUUCUUGUCUUUGUGUCUCUAAUUGACAUUGUCGUAUCAAUGGCCGGAGGGGCUAAGAUCCUUGGUGUGCUCCGUGUCCUACGGCUGCUCAGAACCCUGCGACCCCUCAGGGUGAUCAGCCGGGCCCCCGGACUAAAGCUGGUGGUGGAGACCCUCAUCACAUCUCUCAAGCCCAUAGGGAACAUUGUGCUCAUCUGCUGCGCGUUCUUCAUCAUCUUCGGCAUCCUCGGCGUGCAGCUCUUCAAAGGAAAGUUCUAUUAUUGCGUUGGCCUGGAUGUCAAGAACAUCACCAAUAAGUCCGACUGUCUGUUGGCAAAAUACAAAUGGGUUCAUCAUAAGUAUAAUUUUGACAACCUGGGGCAGGCUUUGAUGUCUCUGUUUGUUUUGGCCUCUAAAGACGGCUGGGUUAAUAUAAUGUACCAUGGCCUUGAUGCAGUGGGAAUAGACCAACAGCCAUUGACCAACAACAACCCAUGGAUGCUGCUGUACUUCAUCUCGUUCCUCCUAAUCGUCAGCUUCUUUGUGCUGAACAUGUUUGUCGGCGUGGUGGUGGAGAACUUUCACAAGUGCCGGCAGCACCAGGAGGUCGAGGAGGCCAAAAGAAGGGAGGAAAAGAGGCUCAGGCGAAUGGAGAAGAAGAGACGGAAAGCUCAGAAGUUGCCGUACUACGCCGGGUACGGCCAUGUCCGCUUGAUGAUCCACACGUUGUGCACCAGCCACUACCUGGACCUGUUCAUCACCCUCAUCAUUUGUAUCAACGUCAUCACCAUGUCGCUCGAGCACUACGACCAGCCAAAGUCUCUCGAAACCGCUCUGAAGUACUGCAAUUACUUCUUCAGCUCCACCUUUGUGGUCGAGGCCACACUCAAGCUCAUUGCUUUCGGCUUCCGUCGCUUUUUCAAAGACAGGUGGAAUCAACUGGACCUUGCUAUUGUGCUUUUGUCUGUGAUGGGCAUCACACUAGAGGAGAUCGAGAUUAACGCCUCACUUCCUAUCAACCCCACCAUUAUUCGGAUCAUGCGGGUGUUGAGGAUCGCCCGUGUGCUGAAACUGUUGAAGAUGGCCACCGGGAUGCGAGCUUUGCUAGACACCGUUGUUCAGGCUUUACCUCAGGUGGGAAAUCUGGGUUUGCUGUUUAUGUUGCUGUUCUUCAUCUACGCAGCUCUGGGUGUCGAGCUGUUCGGGGAACUGGUGUGCAAUGCUGACUACCCGUGUGAGGGGAUGAGUCGUCAUGCCACCUUUGAGAACUUCGGCAUGGCCUUUCUGACACUCUUCCAGGUAUCGACUGGUGACAAUUGGAACGGAAUCAUGAAGGACACUUUACGAGAAUGCCCACCAGGCGACACUUACUCCUGCAAUGGCAGUCUGCAGUUCAUCUCCCCCAUGUAUUUUGUGAGUUUUGUGCUGACGGCCCAGUUUGUCCUCAUCAACGUAGUCGUUGCUGUUCUAAUGAAGCACCUAGACGACUCGAACAAAGAGGCGCAGGAGGAGGCGGAGAUGGAUGCUGAAAUCGAGCUCGAACUAGCACAGGGAGGACUCUGCUGCCUGGGUGGACUGGCAGCUGCUGCCGGGCCUGGCAUCGGGAUGGGAACUGGAGGUGGUGGAGUUGGUGGAGGAGGUGGUGGAGUUGGAGGAGACAGGCCAAGUUUUGAGUGUGGAGGCAGACAGGCAGGCAUGGUAGGGGCUCACGUGCAUGCCAGCCAAAGUGGGUACACACCUCUGAGUGGAGGAUAUGAAUCACACAACCACAGGAAGCUCUACUCACCUGCACAGGAGAACCUGUGGCUGGAUAGUGUUUCUCUGCUGAUUAAAGACUCCCUAGAGGGCGAGAUGCAGAUGAUUGAUAACCUGUCAGGAUCUGUGUUUCAUCACUACUCGUCCCCUGCGGUCUGCAAAGGCUGCAGGUGCCAGCCUACAGAGAUACGAUUGGCUGAGGUGGAGCAGGCCUCCCUGAUGUCAGAACAGCUCUCAGACAAGUCGUCGUCUCCAGCACUUCCGGAUGACCUCAGUCUUGAUGACCACAGUGUGUACCAACUAGCUGUCAGAGACAUCAAGGAAGAAAGAGGGAGCAGUACCUCUCAGAGUUUAGAAGAACUUCAGGCUACACCGGCUGAAUGCAGCAUGUCCUAUUCUAAGAUUCGAGCUUUCAGCAUGGGAAGCGAGAGCGGGGGAAUUCUUCCUAAUUCAGGCCUUCAGAAUCAGAAUGAAUCAGCAUCCCAUUAUCAUGUGCUAUCUUGUAAUCCAGCAGAUGGUGAGCGAGGCAGCAGUAGCAGCAGAAGGGACAGGAGGACACCCUCUCCUCUCUUUCAUCUCCCGGCAGACUUCUUCCACCCAGCCACAGCUGUGCCCAAAGGAAGCCUGGCCUCAGGUACAGUGCGGGUAGGGCGACUCGGCUCCAGGCUAACUUCGCCGGCUUCAUGGGCAUCACUUCGGUCACCUGGUGCCAACUGCAGAGUCGUAGGCUUACAGGUGCAGCCACCUUCCCACAGCGAGUCAUCAUUAGCCACAGGAAAGUCUGAGGUCAGCCUGCAGACAAUGUUAGAGGAAGGCAUCAACUUCAGCGUACCUCCUCACAGAGACAUGUCUUUACCACACCCUCUGCUUUGCCCCCUACCAGAUGAAACCCUCCCUUCCUUGGAUCUCAGCCAGAGGUUGCACUCUGACUCAACCAGUUUUACUCUCCAGGCCACCAGGGGCCGCCAGAGAAGCCAGAGCGGCUGCGAUGGCAGCCCUAACUCCAUUGAACCUUUGGGCGGGGACACCAGCAUCGGUGAAGGAUCGAGUCAAGCAUUUAACAGUGAACAUUUAUCAGAGACCAUGAGCAGCCUUUCCCUAAGUUCACUGCUCAUGCCUGGCUCACUGGUGCCAUCACUGGCGAAAAAGUGCAACAGCACCGGGAGCUUAGAACAAAGAAAUGUUAUGGCACAAAACAAAAAUGGACAGCACCUUCACAGCACAGACCAACAUCAAAACCUUUUGAACCUGUGGACAGAAGAAAGAGACAAAGGGGAUGGUGGGGAGAAAGGGAUUGCAGAUUUAGGGGUCAAAAGCUCCAGUCAAACAAUGGACACCUGCUCUCGGAAGAACAGAUGAAACACAUUAACCAGUGUUUUUUUCCCUCUUUACAUUUUCCUCUCUUUUGAGAGUGGGACUUUGUUUAGUCUUUCAUUCGUGACACGUCAGUGUUUUGUGUAGCCCUGGCAGACAGGUGAAGCUCACACGAACGGAAGGACAGGAAGUAGACAAAGACCAGAAGAAACGUUGGAGAACCAAAAAGAGGUGGUCGUUUAGUUGGGCAUUAAUUAAAAUUACGGAGUAAAAUCCUAAUCCAGCUAAUAUAUAACGAACAAAGGUGUUUUUUUAGGCGAAUGAAACUCGGAUGUGGAAGAGUCGUUUUUCAUGGCUGCAUUUUUUCCCCUCCAUGAAAUUUGAAUCGAUCCUCUGUCUACAUGCAAAGGUUGACAUUUCAGGAAAGAAACCUCAUGGUGUCUCUUCCAAUGUAGGACUUUUGAUGUCAGAUGACUGGAUUUUAUAUCAUUCGCAAAAAACCAAGGUAGCAAUGAUCAAAAUUUUAGAAGCUUCCCAUAGAAAUCAAAGAAGAUUGGUGAUUCCUUUCUAGGUGUGACCCUCAGUAUUAGAUUUUUGUCAAUGUGUAUGUAAGUUUCUGUGUCAGGACUUAAUUAUUCUUAACUUUAAAAAAAAGAGGGCUAUUAAAAUCAGUAGCUAGAUUUUAUCAAGAAAUUAUCUGCAACUUAAAAAAAAAAAGAAACUGAUCAUUUUCUGAUUCUUUGUUGGACAUAAUAUAAGGUUUAUGAAUUUUUUCCAGCUCUGGGUGAAUAAUAUAUACAAAAAAAAAAGAAAAAUAUGCAGAAAGCGAUGACGUGACCAUGUUUCAUUGAUUGUCUACAUGAAUGAGAUGGUUGUGAUUUGGUGCAUGAGAGCUGAUCAGAAACUAAGGUUAUUGUACCAUAAAGAUGUCAAAAAUGAAGAAUUUUAUUUAUUUUUACAAGUAGUAGAAAUCCAAUCUUCCUCAUCCACUUUGUAUGUUGUAUUUCUCAUAACGGUUUGCAGUUUAAGUGCAACACAACGUAUCUUUAUUUUCGAAAGAAAUAAAGAACAUAGGGUUGAAAAGAAAAAUGCUAUUCAGGGUUCUGAAACAAAUGUCAUUCAGGAAAUUUAGUAAUUACUUUUAUUUUGAUAAUUCUUUUUUUUUCCGGAAUGCAAGUGGAAUUUUAUUUUGCAUACAAGAUGUAAUAGUCGACCAGCGUAUUAUUUUGCACGAUGUAUUUUUAUUUUUUUUUUCAUUUUGAUUUAUUUAUGUAUUGUUUAUUUUGUAUCAUUAUCAAGCCAUUACCAUCAUUACAAAAUGUUGGAUUUUAGGGUAAAAUCUAGCUAUGAAAUAAAUAGAAUUUACUCAGUAUUUUGAUUCUGAUUUAAUGCUUCAUCUUCUUUUCUAGUGUUAUAGAAUCCUACGCUUAAUGAAAAGUACAGCUAAGGGUGUGAUCUUUGCUGAGUGGAAUUUGGCCGGUGAUCAGGUAUAGAUUGGAUAUUGAGGAUUUAUUUGAAGAACAUUCUGCCU